AUGCCCCCGCUGAUGCCCUGCCUGCGGCCCUGCUCCGCCCUUCGCCAGGAUGAUAUGCAGACCAAGCUGGGAGAAGUAGCUCUGCAUGCGAGUGAGAAAGAGGAGGAGCUGGCCACCUUUCGUCAUCUGUUGGAGGAACGCGAUCCGGCCACUGAGCAGACAAACCACGCCCUUGUUACUGAAUUUGACCUGGGCCAGAUUAAAAGUGCAGCCCAGCACCGCGCCCACCAGAAGCGUGCAGAGGCUGCACCUGCACCAAAGUCCAGUCGACGAGAUCAGGAGGUUCAGGCGGAUAUUGUCGUGGAUAUGGCUGCUCGAGAGGAGCGGUUUGAGGCCCGGCGAUUCGUCACUGUAGCCAAGGCUGUACAUCAAGUUUAUAGCGAGUUCCUUGGCCUUUCGCUUCAUAAUGCUCGCGUGUGUGUCUCAGUGCACUCAUGGAGAGUGUUUGGCAGGAGCGGAGCGGUGCCGAUGCGUGGGCAAAAGGGAGCCCUCUAUCAUGCAGUGAGCGGCUGGCUGAAUGGCUCAAUUUUUUUGCAAAGUGCCUCAAGGCUUUCAGAGGCUGAGUGCAUUGAGGCUCGGAGGCAACGGGAUGUGGCCGAGGCGCGCGCUGAUGCCACUGACCGCCUGCUCCAGGAUCAACACGCCACGCUAGAGGCCGCACACCAGCAAGUAUUGGCAGAACGAAGUGCAGCUGCUGAGGCUCGUGUCGUCGAGCUCCGCGACAAGUUUAUGCUCGAGCUUGACGAAGCGCGAAGUACCAUUGCUCAACUUGAGCAAACGCUGGAGGAGCGAGACCAAACCGUAGAGCAAUUCACCGAACGUAUCGGUGAGUUGGAGGCGCAGGUGAAGAGUCAGGACGAGACGAUUGCUACUCUUACGACUUCCAAUGAGCGGCUAAACAAGCGGGUGCAGGACAUGCAGGCAAAGCUUGCCACGCUGAAGCUAGUAGAGAAGGAGCUAGCCAAAUCCAAACUUGCCUACGAUAAAAUCCAAGAAGGCGGGCACGCUGCCGAAGCGCGCUUGGAGGAGUACAAAGCCAUACAAUCAUCCCAGGUGCGCCAACUCCGAGAGGCCCGUGAGGCGAACCAAGCCUUACAGGCGUGUCUUGAAGAAAAGGCCAAGGAUAUCAGCGGCUUCAGAGCGCAAGUGGCCGAGCUGGAGGCACGUCUUCAGGACCGACCUAUGCUCAAGCAGCAAACCGAGGCCACCCAGACUGACCCUCCUGCUCACGAUGAGGCGCACUGGAAGAAUUUGAUGGCUGAGAGCGCCGCCGAAGUGGCCGAGCUGCGUGAGACGCUUGCCGCUUCCAAACACCGAGAGACGGAUUUGCAAACACACGUCACCAGGUUGGAAGCAGAGCUGGCUCGCUGUCAAGCAGCCUUGCAGCAGCCAUCACCUCCACAACCACAGUCAGAAGCUCCCACCACAAAGCCAAGCCCAAUCGUCGAGGACGUACCUCCCAGCCCGCCGCUCGAGCCAUCCAAGGCCGUAGUAGCUCAAACUACGAAGGAUACCCAACCUCCAAGGACAGAGGAGCCCUUUUCUCUUCCAUUUGUGUAA